CAAAUGCACACAUGUGCCAAGACAAUUAACUCUCACUGAUCUGAAUAGUCAUGGUACCAUAUAAAAGAGUAUCGGCACAAACAAUGGAUCUACGGAUCACCAGGUCAAUAUUGUUCUUUUGUCUGACUGUGCAGGUGAAUUGCGACCCUCGUCUGUCAAAACAAGAUCUGGUGCUGCUGGCUGCUGAGCCAUACCCAGCGUGCUUCACAAGACAGUUUUCAGAUUUCACUUGCUUCUGGGAGGCACCUGUGGGAAAAUCCUAUGACUUCCUUUAUAAAAUAGAAGAUGGUGGCAGUGCGGAGAGCAGAUGUAAUACAAAUCAGCAAGAGACUGCGGAAGGAAAAAUCCUCCAUGUCUGCUUCUUCCCACCUGAUGAUGUCUUCCUGUUCGUCCCCACACACAUCAGAGUUGUGGAUAAAGGCACCAACACAACUGUCUACAACCGCAGCCUUGAUAUAGAAGACAACCGCCUGUCUGAUCCUCCAUCAAAUGUGUCUCUUCACCCUACUGGAAAGGUAGGGCAAAUUCUUGUGAAGUGGUCAGCACAAAAAGAAUUGGAAAAUCAUGUGCAGUAUGAGCUACGUUACAGCUCUAAGGCAUUACAGGAUACAGUUAAACUGGAGAAAGGAUCCAGAUGUGAGUAUACAUUGAUCUCCCUGGUCCCAGGACAGCUGUGCACAGUGCAAAUCAGGGUUAAGGGCAGUUUUACUGAUACUGGAGGCCACUGGAGUGACUGGUCACUUCCAGUUACAAUCAUGGUGCCUCAGAUGGCAGCUGACAUUGAAUUAAAGUGCCACACUUCUGAUCUGCACCAAGUUCAGUGUCAGUGGAACGAGGAGCGAUAUGGUGAUGUGAACCUACAUUACCGACAAACUGACAGAAAUAUUUGGGGGAACUGGAAGACCUGUGACAAGAGUAAUGCCUUUGCAAAUCAGUGUGUUCUCUAUGGGGAGGAACACACUAAGUUUCAGGUUUAUCUCACGGCCACAUCUGGGCUCUUUAACCGAACAUUUUACAUGGAUGUGUUCAGGAUGAACAACAGCAUCAAAACAGAGCCUCCAGGAGGGCUGAAGGAGGAGCUCAUUGGAGAACAGCUUUGUCUGAGCUGGAUCUGUCCUCUUCCACAAAUAUGUGAACAUUUAAUAUAUCAGGUUCGCUACCAGCUCCAAGGAGAGAGCAAGUGGAAGUUUUUUACAGUGGAAAAUCCGGGUACUAGCACCUGUCUGGAUGUGCAAGCAAGCUGCCAGUACACCAUCCAAGUAAAAACUAUCCCCGAUGGAUUUUUCUACAGCGGACAGUGGAGUGCUUGGUCUGAACUUCUCACAAAACAACGGUCUUUAAAUGCAGGGUUGCUGUUUAUUGCAUGUGUGCCUUUUGGCUUGCUCAUCAUUUCUGUUGUAUUGUUCAUCUCCUUAUCCAGAUAUGUUAGUAAGCUCAAGCAGAUUCUAUGGCCACCAGUCCCAAACCUGAACGACGUGCUGGAAAAUUUCCUGAAAGAUAUCGAUGGACAACACUGGGAGCCCAACAUCAUCAAACAGUGUGAUGAUGACAUCCCUGCUUCUGUGGUGGAGAUCAUGUCAGAAAAGGAGACUCAAGUCAUGACGAAACCUUCCUGGACAUCUAACUGCCCAUAUUUCUCCCAAUAUGAAUUGGCUGUGGAUAGGAAUGAGGAGCAGGUCCUGGAGAUGAGCAGAGAUUAUGUGAUCUUAAAGUACAGCCCUGCCCAAGACACCUCAUGCCUGACUAGGAACGAUUACGUGUAUGGACCUAAUGCCUCAUCAGAUCAGCCUGAGAAAACAGUCUGCAGUUAUUCUCCUCUCUGUUCGGACACUUUUUCAGCCUCUACCACCAGCAUCCUCAACCACUCCUAUUUGCAGGCUGAUGUUGGGAGCCUCCAAACCAAAACUGGUCUUUAUACCAACCUGGAAAACGUAGCAACAGAGAAGAAAGAGUGAAAAGGAAGGGGCAAAUUCAUCUUCCAGCAGGCAAAGUGCAGUAAAAGCAGGGCAAAAACUACUGGGGUUUAACCCACAUGCAAUAGGUAAACCCGGUCAGGUUUGAAAGCAUUAAAGUAAGAUGGAAAGAGGGGUUAAAACUCAUGAGCAUCUCUGAGAGGAGUGUAAAUAUGCAUUGUUGCUUCCUAUCUGAAGACUAGGAAUUGUACAGCAUGGAAAAUCUUCAAGGACAUCAUUCUCAACAUGCAAACCAUGCUAAUGGAGGGCACCUCUGCCACAGUGAUUCAACAAAACCAAAUGAACGAAACUUCAACAUUACCCAACAGUUGUUGUACUUUCUGAUAUGGACAAUAAUAGUUGCUUCACUCUCAUAACUUUGCUAUUUUAUAAGCCAGGCAAAAAGCUCAAACUCAUUCCAUCAUAUUCUGAGGCCCAUAGACUUGGAUGGAUUUGUUAAAAAACAACCCAGUACCUUGAUGCAUAAGAAGUUCAAACUUGCCAUUUUUACUGACUCAACAAAUAUUGGAAAACGAAAGAUCUCAUCUUUGAGGCAAAUGUUUAAACGUUUAUUGCAUUUUUCAUAGUGGUACAUGUUUAUUCGGGGAGAAAUGGAGUUCAUAAUGUGUGUUGCAAACUAUUACAUUUACUCAGUGCGCAGUCACUAAAAUGAGCUUCAAAUACAUGUUAUAAAAUCGCAUUUUUAUAUUAAAAUACACUAUAGCAAAACAA